UAGUAACGACAGGGGUUUAUUGAGAACUAUGACAACUCACAUACUGUUUAUUCUUUCUCAUUUAUCAGUCUUGAUCAUGUUGUCCACGUCCCUUCAAAAAGAAGGUCCUGGUGAUGUAAGUCCAGCGGAGAUUUUUCUUGUGAAGUCCAAGGUGACGGAAGGUCAAGAAGUGAAAUUUCAGUGCAAAGUUACUGAUGUGAGAACAAAGAGGGUUUAUGUGCACCUCUGCGCGAGUGGUACCACAGUGAAGACAGCAGAACUUGAAAAAACUAAAGAUGGUGUAAUGUUUGUCUUUGACAAAGUUACUGUGAAAGAUUCAGGCUUGUACACCUGCGUUUAUUCUUUGGAGAAAGAUGCUGCAUGUAAGAUGAAUAUAAUAGGACGUAACUCAGCCUCACUGGAAGUUUCUAAAGGUCCUGGUGAUGUAAGUCCAGCAGAGAUAUUUGUUGCUAACUCCAAGGUGAAGGAAGGUCAACAAGUGAAAUUUAAGUGCAAAGUUACUGAUGUGAGAGCACAGAUGGUUUAUGUGCACCUCUGCGCGAGUGGUACCACAGUGAAGAUAGCAGAACUUGAACAAACUAAAAAUGAUGUAAUGUUUGUCUUUGACAAAGUUACUGUGAAAGAUUCAGGCUUGUACACCUGCGUUUAUUCUUUGGAGAAAGAUGCUGCAUGUAAGAUGAAUAUAAUAGGACGUAACUCAGCCUCACUGGAAGUUUCUGACAUUUUGCCAGCGAAGAUUACAGCAGCAAAGAGCUCUUUAAGAGAGGGUGAAGGCCUGACACUGACGUGCAGCAUCACAGGGCAUCAAAGCUGCUCUGAAGUCUAUGUUUACUUGUGUUUAAAUGGAAUCGGGAACAGAAACAGGACAGUGAACUGUAACAUUAAGUCUACUACUACAACAUUCCUUCUAAAAAAUGUCAAACAACAACAGUCUGGUAACUAUAGCUGUGUGUAUUCGACUUCUAAUUACUCUCUCAGUGAGGUGAGAAAGACUGGAGAAAACUCCAUCUAUGUUGAAGUGCAUGACCUUAUAUCUGAAGAUGGAGGGCUGUCUAAUGCUAUAAUACUUUUAAUAGUUGCAGUAGCAUUUGCACUGGGAAUAUUUAUGUUUUUACCAUGCCGACACAUUAUUACGUUGAGAUUGUACCAGAAUCCUGACACAAGUGCCAGUCCAGACAGUGACCUGUACUACUGUGAAAUAACCCCAGGUGAACAUCCUGUGGAUCAAAGUCAUCAGCCAUGUUCAGCAGGACAGCCCUGUCACACUGUAAAUGCUGUAUAUUCCACAGUACAAAAAUGCAAAGGCAAGGAAGGAAAAAAUGCAAAAAGUUUCAACUCCAGCAGUGAAACCCCUGCGGCUUACAGCUUAGCACAGUGGUGUGAGGAGACGACUGAACAGCCGGCAGGUUACUAUGCAGAAAUACACUAGACGACCAACCAAGCAACAUUCGUCUGUAUAUUCACUUAUGACUAAUAAUAUGAGCAUUAAACUGAUCAAGUUGGAAAUACUGUUUACAAACUGAAUAACAUGUCAUUAA